AUGGGAAAAAACCAAGCUAAAAAGCAAGAUGUCCCUCUACACAAAAUAAUCAUGGUGGGCUCAGGUGGUGUAGGCAAAUCUGCUCUGACCCUUCAAUACAUGUACGGUGACUUUAUCGAAGAGUAUGACCCAACUAAAGCAGAUUCGUACCGAAAAAAGGUGACUUUGGAUUCACAAGAAUCCUUUAUUGAUAUUCUUGACACGGCUGGGCAAGAAGAGUAUGCUGCCAUUCGUGACAAUUACUAUAGGUCUGGCGAAGGAUUUCUUUGCGUGUUUUCACUCUGCGAAGCCGAGUCAUUUCGUCACACACAAGAGUUUCGUGACCAGAUUAUGCGAGUGUUGGAUGAUGAAAAGGUUCCGUUUAUUCUUGUCGGAAAUAAGGCUGACUUGGAAUCUCAACGGCAAGUAACCACUAGAGAGUGUGAGGUCAAGGCCAAGGAGUGGGGAUGCCAGUAUAUUGAGACUUCCGCCAAGACUAGGAUGAAUGUGGACGAAGCAUUUACCAAGCUAAUGAGGUGCAUUCGCGAUCGAAAGGAUGAAAAGGGUGGUGGAAAGUCUGGAGUGAACAAGCAACCAAAGAAAAAAAGUGCAUGUCUGAUUCUAUAG